AUGUACUUUAAACAACUAAAGUUUUCUUUACAGUCUCACUCCGCUGAAAACCUCUCGGUCGGAGACACGUUACGCGUUGUUUUUUCGGCUAGAAACAAACAAGGGAACAUAAUAACCAAUACAGGGGACUAUUUCCGGGCGUCCAUUUUUAAUCUCAAAACUAAGUCUGGUGCAGUUGGGAUUAUCACGGACCACAAAAAUGGUACGUACACGGCAACCUUUAAACUGUUGUGGCCGGGAGAGGUGAACAUUAUUGUCAAACUUGUUCACCCACGUCAGGCUAUAGAAGUCAUAGAGAGAACCGUUUGGGAGCAUCCUGUAGAUAAGAUAAUGUUCCUGAAACGGUACCUCAUCGGUAAGGCUAAAGUCGACACCAGGUGUAACGUAGACCCGGCCGUGUUGAACAACAACACCCCGGUGUGUAACUACUCCGACUCGCAGGCAGGAGUCAGGUGGUACUGUGAGAAAGCCGCCAACAUCUUCUGUAACACAUCCGGGUACCACGGCAGGCUUCCAACGACUGUCAAGCUGCUGAGAAAAGGAGAGGAAAAACUGUUUGGCAGGCAUGUAUUUUAUCAUUGUUCUGCAAGGAUGACAUCGACAGGGUUGGACCCAUUGGUCAAUCGCACGCGGUGCAUGCCGGGACUUCCAACCCCACAGAUUUCCGGAUUUUAUGACGGAAACGUCUGGAACUCACUAGUCUGUCAUAACAGGCACUUCUCCAACCAAUCAGAAUGGAGGGCAUGUCUGAGGGGAAAGACCCUGCAUUUCAUGGGAGACUCCACCAUACGACAGUGGUACGAACAUUUGGUGAAGCUCCUAAAGCUUUCCGACAGACCACUUUCGGACGCCAUCCACCAGACUGGACCUCUGCUUGCCCGUGACACAGUAAACAACAUAACGGUAAAAUAUCGUUCGCACGGACCGCCUCUUCGUUGCGCAUGGACCCGGACCUUCCACCUACAGUACGUUGCCAACGUCAUUGAUGAAAUCGAAGGAGGGCCAAACGAUAUUGUUGGAAUCUCUGUCUGGGCUCACUUCACCACGUACCCUGUGGACAUGUACAGAGAGAGGAUGGAGGCCAUCCGAGCUGCGAUUCAACGGCUGCAUCAGAGGAGUCCCCAGACCCUCGUGGUCAUCAAGUCUGCCAACACACGGACGGGGAAAGAGCUUCUAGCAGGAGACUGGCUGGCGUACCAGCUGGACUUGGUGAUGAGAGAGAUGUUUGAGGGGAUGAACGUUGUUCUGGUAGAUGCCUGGGAAAUGACAACAGCACAACAAUGGCACGGGGACGCCAUCCACCCUACCAGUGACAUCGUCAUACAAGAACUGGAAUACCUGUGUUCGUUUCUUUGUCCUCUGUGAUUCUCUG